AUGAGGGACAGGGGCUUGCCGCUGCCGCAGAGCUUGUCGGCGUACCAGAGGCAGGCGGAGGAGGCUAGCCAGGUUGAAACAGUGCCAGAUCCGCCGCGUCUCGACGGGCUGAAUAGAAAACCAUCCAUAUCGCCGGCCGCUGCGGAUUAUGUCCCCGAGCUUCCCGUGGGGUACAGCGCGCGGAUGAACCGGCGCAAGGCCCUGCUCAUUGGGAUAGGGUACCGGAAGCACAAGUACUUAAAUGUGUUGCCGGGGUGCAAAAACGAUGUUACUGCCAUGUUCAAUUUGCUCACGUCUGAGCUCUUCGGCUUUCCGCAGGACGAGGUUAGGGUCCUUUCUGAUGAACUAAACAUGCUUGGCUCCGUUCAUGUCCAGGCCCCCACGAGGUUUAACAUCCUGAGAGACAUGUUGUGGCUCACGGAGGAUGUGGGUGAGGGCGAUAGCGCCGUCUUCUUCUUCGCUGGACAUGGAGACUUCAUUGAAGACGUUUCGGGCGACGAAAUUGAAACUGGUGUUGACCAGUGCAUUAUGCCCAUCGACUGUCUGCCAGAGCCAAAGCAUCGCACGGGGCAAACAUUCAAGGGGGUGCCACCGAUACUGGAUGAUACCAUAUAUGAGAGGCUGGUGAGAGGAGUUCCUGCAGGAGCAAAGGUAACAGCAAUAGUAGACGCAUGCCGCAGUGGAUCGGUAUGUGACUUGCCAGUCAUGCAUGGCGACGAUGGUGUCAAGUAUCGAGCAUCCGGGGGCGAUCCACCUCGCCAAAGAAGUUCUCCUCACAAAGGAGCUGGCGGAUUCGUCCUCUUCAGCGGCUCUGCAGAUGACCAACAGUCCAUCGAUAUGACCAUUGCGACAGGAAGAGGGAAUGGGGAAGUAGAAUCGUUUGGUGUCAUGACGAGAUCUUUCGUGGAUGCAGUGCAGGAAAUGGCCAUGCAUCGAUGCCCUGAAACCUACGAUGGUGUCGAGUCUUGGACCUAUGGCCAGUUGUUCCAACGUGUGAGGGAGCUGGUGUGGGAGCGAACAUCUAGCAUUCUUCCACAUUAUAUCGAAAAGCAAGAGCCACAAAUGUCGACCAGUCACACGUUUGAUACAUGGCAGGCUCCGUUUUCCAUCUAGCAUUUUAGAUUUUGUCGAGCAGAGGCCAUACGUGUUCCAAAUGUAUGUACAAACAAGUGGGGAGGGGGUGGUGGUGGAACAGAUAUAGUACAAUAAGAGAGGAACAUGUGAAGAGGAUGUCCCGAACCCACAAAAAAAGGACACACUAAAACGCCUCACCUCUGUUUGCUAAAUGUCUGAAGGACGAUUUUGUUUAAUUCGCAGCGAGGACAGAGUAGCAUCCUACAAUGCACAUCGUGCUAAUAAUGCCAUACCCCGGAACAGCGGUCACAUCUUCUAAACUUAAACAAAACGGCCCCUCUCAGCAAAGGCUUGAGGAAGGAAAGAAUGGUGUUGGCAACCAUGGUAACGACAAAACUCCGCAGUUUAUGCCUUUUGAGAGUUCUCCCCUUCACUUGUUCUUGCCUUUGUCAGGUGCUUUCGAAUGAAUAAAAGCACCCUUUUCUCAAAUUGCUGAGGCUCUUUGUACAGGCAUUGCGUGUGGGCUG